AUGGGGGAUGCUCCAUCGCUCAAAAAGUUGAAAGAAGCUGUUUACGAGGUUGAUGAUGUUGUGGAUGAGUUCCAGCUGAAGGCUGAAAAAUAUGAAGCGGAUAGUGGUUUUCUGUCAAGAUACCUGCACACACAACCAAAAGCAUUUGUAUUUCAAUGCAAGGCAGCCAAAAAUAUAAAGAAAAUCAAGAAGACCUUUGAUGACAUUGUGAAGCAAAUGGCUAUUUUGAAUUCAGUGGUUGGCCGUGAUCCUGCUAGCUAUAUAAACAAUACAGCUGUGAAUAGGCAAACAUUUCCCUUCGUGGAUGGGGCAGCAGUGAUGGGAAGAGACCAAGAGUUGCACCAAACAAUAUCUAAGCUGCUAGAGACAGAUGACCAACAAAGACUCAAUAUAGUUUCUAUAGUUCGACUUGGUGGCUCUGGGAAAACUACCCUAGCUCAGUUGGUUUUCAAUGAUGUAGAAACAAUAAAGAAUCAUUUUACUGUUAGACUAUGGGUUCAUGUGUCUCAGGAAUUUCAUGUUGAAAAAGUUCUCAAGAAGCUAUUUGACGCUAUUCCUAAUGAGAAGUCUGAAGGCCUUUCUUUGACGAAUAUGGCAAAUAAAAUCUCAGACAAGUUGACCAACAGUAGCUGGCAAGUAUUUCAGCAAAGCUUCAGAAAUGCUGUGAAAGAUUUGAACUUUGAAUUUCAAGAAGUUGGUAAAGAGAUUGUGAACAAGUGCGGUGGUGUGCCGCUAGCAAUUAAAGUUCUUGCAGGUGUCCUCCGUGUCAAGAAACGAUUAGAACAAUGGCAUGCCAUAAAAGAGAGUAAUUUAUUAAAUGUUGAGGGUAAAGAACGUCAAGUAUCUGCUUGCUUGUGGUUGAGCUAUUUUAACUUGCCAUCUCAUCUAAAGCAGUGUUUCACAAUAUGUUCAAUUUUUCAUAAAGGUCACUUGAUUGAUAAAGACCAAUUGAUUGACCAAUGGAUUGCUCAUGAUAUGAUCCCAGAAUGUGGUGUUAACUACUUGGAAUAUAUUGGCGAUGACUACUUUAGUCAUCUUGUGCAAAUGUACUUUAUACAAUAUGUGAAGGAAGAAGUGGAUGGGAAAGUUAUAUGUAAGAUGCAUGAUUUGGUGCAUGAUCUUGCCAGAUCCAUUUUGGGUGAUGAGAUUUCACUUGUCGUGCCAAAGAAGGCAACAAAUUUCACAAAGAUCUGCCGGUAUUUUUCUAUAAUGGAACACACAAGGCAUCUUCCGUCUAAAAAUACAUUUAGAAAGGCACGUGUUAUGUAUAUUGCUGGAGACGAUGAUUUCAUAUCUUGCAAGGCAUCGAAGAAUGCAAAACACUUGCGCAGUAUCACUGUGGAAUAUGUGCAUAGAUCAGCACUCACAGCCAUACUACACACCAAAAAUUUAAGGUACCUUAACAUUUCAAGACUGAAAUAUGAAACACUUCCUGAGGUUAUUUCAGUAACUUGGAGUCUGCAAGGUCUUCAUGUAACGUCAAGUGAUAUUGUCAAGUUACCUGAAUCCAUUGGAAAUCUGAAGAAGUUGAGAGUGGUCAACUUGUCCUACUGUUUCUGUCUAACAAGUUUGCUAGAUUCUAUUGGCAAUUGUGUCAUGAUUUCUAGCAUAGACCUUUUUGGUUGUAAGAAGGUUGCAACGCUACCCAGCUCUAUCAGCAGAAAUAAAAGGCUAAGGGUAGAGUUGCCUGAAGGCAUAGAGAACUUGAAGAAGCUUGUUGUUCUGAACCUGCAAGAAUGUCGAAAGUUACGAGGCAUUCCAAAAGGGAUUGCGCAGCUUACUCGACUAGGAAAGCUGGGACUAUUUGUUGUUGGAAAGGAUGAAAAUUAUGCACAAAUCUCGGAGCUUGAAAAUGUUAAUAAGAUCAGUGGGGAACUAACUAUCCGUGGAAUUGCACAUGGUAUGGACCCAGAUGUUGCAGACAAGGAAUGGUUGAAGCAGAAGACAAACUUACAGAGACUGACACUACUCUGUAAGAGUAAUGUGGGGGUGAACUCUGAGAAUCAGCUGGAAGGAUUGGGACCACCACCUGGAAUUAAAAGUCUAAAAAAUGUCAGGUAUCAAGGUCAGGAAUGCACGCAGUGGAUGUUGAAGCACAUUGGUGUGGAAGUAGCUGGGCUUCCUCGCUUCCGACUGUUGAGCGAGUUUGAACUAUCAGAUUUCCCAAAACUGGAGCGUCUGCAGGGGCUAACAGAGUUGCCUUGUUUGGAGAAGCUUGUGCUCGAAAAAAUGAUUGCUCUUAAAAGCAUAAGCGGAGGUCCAUUUCCUUCGCUGUUGGAGUUAGUUAUGAACGAAAUGCCAAGUUUGAGCGUGGUUUGGAUGGUAGCAGAGGGGAGCUUGGCUGAUGUGGAAGGGGGGCAACUGGAGAUUGGUAAUCGUCUAUCAGUUCUAAGUAUAUUUGAGUGUCCCAAACUGAUGGUGAUGCCAUACUUUCCUUUGUCGGUGAAGGACUUACGUUUGGCUAAUGGCAACGUGCAGCUGUUGGGAGUGCCAGCAUUACCUUCUUUUGGUUAUAGCAGCCUAAAGAAACUUCAACUAGUAGCAGCGUCGUACGGAUCUGGAUGUCGAUGGGAGCUGCUGCAACACUUGAUGGCACUGGAGUCCUUGGAGAUUUGGAGCAGCAAGGGCCUAAUCGAGCUGCCAGAGAGCGUGCGGAGCCUUGCAUCCCUCCAAUCCCUAAGGAUUUCAUCGUGCUCUGCUCUCUGUAUGCUUCCCGUGUAG